UUCUUUCCGUCACUUUUGGGGAAGAGGUCGAGUUUCACAGCAGCAAUGGUGUACGUCAAGGCUCAGAAAUCAAAAGCCUACUUCAAGAGAUAUCAAGUCAAGUUCAAGAGAAGAAGAGGUUAUCAUAUUCGCCUAUUUUGUUUUGUCAUGUUCAAUGUUGAAUACUCUGUUAGUAACGGUGAUUCUGUUACCUGCAGAGGGAAAAACCGAUUACCGUGCCAGGAUUCGGUUGAUUAAUCAGGACAAGAACAAAUAUAACACUCCGAAAUACCGAUUUGUUGUUCGCUUUAGCAACAAGGACAUUGUUGCACAAAUAAUAUCUGCUAGCAUUGCUGGCGAUAUUGUUCUUGCUGCAGCAUAUGCACAUGAGCUGCCACGAUAUGGUCUUGAAGUAGGGCUUACAAAUUAUGCUGCAGCUUAUUGCACUGGUCUCCUGUUGGCCCGAAGAGUCCUCAAAACACUUGAAAUGGAUGAGGAGUAUGAAGGAAAUGUUGAGGCUACUGGAGAGGAUUAUUCCGUGGAACCUGCUGAGAGCAGGAGGCCAUUCCGUGCUCUCCUUGAUGUUGGUCUUAUUAGGACUACAACCGGUAACCGUGUGUUUGGUGCCCUUAAGGGAGCUCUGGAUGGGGGGUUGGAUAUUCCUCACAGUGAUAAGAGGUUUGCUGGGUUUGAUAAGGAAAAGAAGGAGCUUGAUGCUGAGGUUCAUCGCAAAUAUGUUUUUGGUGGACAUGUUGCUGCCUAUAUGAAGAUCUUGGCUGAAGAUGAACCAGAGAAAUACCAGUCACACUUCAGUGAAUACAUCAAGCGUGGGAUAGAAGCUGAUGGUAUUGAGGCACUGUAUAAGAAGGUUCAUGCCGCCAUUCGUGCUGAUCCUACUCUUAAGAAAUCUGAUAAGCAGCUCCCGAAGGAGCACAAGAGGUACAACUUGAAGAAGCUGACUUAUGAGGAGAGGAAGGCUAAGUUGAUUGCACGUGUGGCAUCUCUCAACUCUGCUGCUGAUAACGAUGAAGAUGAUGAGUGAAAGUUCAUUGAAGAUUCCGUAUCAUCGUUGCACAACUAGAAACUAUCUUAUUUUGCGUCUAGGGAGUCAUUUUCUUGAAAAUUUAUUUACAUGUACUGUUUAUUUUCUAGGUCCGAAAUUUUGGAUACUAUUUUUGAAGUUGGGGUAGCCGUUUUUUUUGUCAGUUUCGUGUUAGCCUGAAUUGAUGUUUUACCAUACUUUGAUGCUAUACGCUUUAUUUCUAGCAGGAAGUGUUUUGGUUUUA